CACUCCCCAGUCCCCAUAGACUCCAGCCUGAGCUGCACCGUGAGCGCUCGCCGCUCCGCAUCGCCGUCCCAGUCCCACACCCCGCAUCCAGCCUGCCCCAGCGUAAUGGCGCUUCGCCAGGCCGUCCUCCUGGCCGUGGUCCUCGCCGCGCUGCUCCCGCUCGCCCUCUCUCGCGGGUUGGGCUUGGUGCACGGGCAUGUGCGGCCGCACACGCACGGGCUGGGGCUCGGCCACCACCACGCCCAGCCGCACCCGCACCCGCACGGGCACGCACCGCUCGUAGGUGGCGCGUGGUCCUCUGCUCACGCCACCUUCUACGGCGGCGGCGACGCGUCCGGCACCAUGGGCGGUGCGUGCGGGUACGGCAACCUCUACAGCCAGGGGUACGGCACCAACACGGCGGCGCUGAGCACGGCGCUCUUCAACAACGGGCUCAGCUGCGGCGCCUGCUUCGAGGUGCGCUGCGACGCGGCGGGGGGCGGGAGCCACUCGUGCCUGCCGGGCUCCGUCGUGGUGACGGCCACCAACUUCUGCCCGCCCAACAACGCGCUCCCCUCCGACGACGGCGGCUGGUGCAACCCGCCGCGCGCCCACUUCGACAUGUCGCAGCCCGUGUUCCAGCGCAUCGCGCUCUACAGGGCCGGCAUUGUUCCCGUCUCCUACCGCAGGGUUGCGUGCAACAAGAAGGGCGGCAUACGUUUCACCAUCAACGGCCACUCCUACUUCAACCUGGUACUGGUGACCAACGUGGGAGGCGCCGGCGACGUGCACGCGGUUGCCGUGAAGGCCGAGCGCUCCCCCGGGUGGCAGGCCCUGUCGCGCAACUGGGGCCAGAACUGGCAGAGCAACACGCUCCUGGACGGGCAGGCCCUGUCCUUCCGCGUCACCACCAGCGACGGCCGCUCCGUGCUCUCCAACAACGCCGCCCCCCGCGGCUGGUCUUUCGGCCAGACUUUCAGCGGUGCCCAGUUCAACUGAACACACCCCCACCGUUCAUGCAGCGUCGACGCAGUGGCACUAGUACUAGUUGUUCCGUCCACCCCGAUUGGAGCCUGCCGAGAGGCGCCAUGGUUUUAUGAAUGGUCUGCACCUCGCAUUUGCUCCUGGGAAUUACCAGUAGUUUAGGCCUAGUAAUAGCGCGGGUUUUAUCGUGCUUGCGUUAGCAUGGUGUUUUAGUGUUCCUUGGUUGUAUCCGGCUUGGAAAUUGGAGGUGGUGGUAAGGCUGGUCUGCAGAUAAACGGAGGCAGGCUGCCUUGUAUCACCCGCCAAUUAUGCGUUUAGGGCCUCAUGGUGAUGGCUCCUUCGAGAUGAGAUGUUUUCUGAGUUAUUCAAGUGUGUUAGUUGUAAUGAAUCUUAUCAAGUUACUAUUUCCUAAUAUAUUAUCCUUCGGAAA